GGACCCAGAGACCUGAGAUGAGAGGCAGGGCCAUGUCGGGAAGCCGACUGUGGGCUGUCACGGUCCUGCUGCUGCUGCUGCUGCAGGGUGUGCAGUCUGUCUACAUCAAGUAUGGUGGCUUCCAAGUGCAUCUGGAAUCAGUGAAGAAGCUGAGUGAGUUGGAGAAGCAGCAGAUGUCCAACCCUCAGCUGAAGACCAGUAGCCUCCAACCCGCUGUGUGCCAUGACCCCGCCCUGCCCCUGGACCUCCAGCCUGUUUGUGCCUCCCAGGAGGCUGUCAGCAUCUUCAAGGCCUUGAGGACCAUCGCCACUGACGAAUGUGAGCUGUGUAUGAAUGUUGCCUGUACAGGCUGUGGCUGAAAUGGCCCUGAGUGUCUUAAGCCCACUCCAGACACCUACCCCCCCCCAGUCCACCCUAUCUGUCGUACUCAGGCAUCAUUGGAAUAAUAACCCCCUCCCAGCAUAGCUGGAUCUAUGACGAGGCAAUGGGACACAGCGCUGGCACAUUUGGCCUCCAGGCAGCUGCACCCGAAUAAAGAUGCUACCCACAAAA